GGAGGCUCAGGCUUAUUGAGAUGGAGGUGCUUUCCUUUAUUUAUGGGAGAGUUGGCUGCAUUGUGGUGAGGGAUUGAGAUUAAAGUAUAAAGAGAUUGACAUUCGUCAGAGGGUUGUGCGGCCAGGGUAUAUUAAAACUGAUCGUCAUGGUGGGAGAUUCAUGAUAAGGUUGCGUGAUCCCGAAGUGGAGGAGGAGACCUUCUUGGGUUGGCUUCCAGAGUUGGUGAAUAGUUAUGAUAGGUUGGGGCAGGAUGUGAAGAGGGGUCACUUGUUUUGGUCGAUGCGUGGUGAUGGUCCAGUAAGUGGUGGCGGUUUUAACAAGCGCAUAGAGAAGUGGUUUGAGGAGGCGGGAGUUUAUGAAGGGGAAAGUGGUCACAACUUCCGGAUUGGGGGAGUUCAGGCAGGGAUAGAGGAGGGCUGGAGUCUGGAAGAAAUGAUGCAACAGGGAACAUGGAGUAUUGUGAGAACGUUUAUGAGGUAUGGAUACGGGAUGCGGCGUGGAUGGAAGAGGCGGAGUGAGGGGGUUUUAGCUGAUGAAGAAAAUUGUUGUGAGACCGAGGAUUACAAGGUUAGGGGUAGUGUGGUGAACUGUGGGGCUACAGAGGCAGGAGAAUGUGGAUUCAGGGAUGGUGAAGCGGUGGGUGAUGUUGAGUGAGAGAGUGCGAGGGUACCAGGUGGUGCGUUUGGAAGAAGGUAAUAUAAGUAGGUAGGAGGCUGAGUUGGCGAGUGUUUUGGAGAGGGUGUGGUGGAGGAGUGUUGUGGGUGGAAAAAUCCAGCGGUAGGGGAGGGAUGGUAACAAAUUUCAAUCCAAAGA